GUGGAAAAUUGGAACUCCAAAACUGAACAAACAUGUCUUUCAGUUGCUGCGUUAAGCCAAUCCCUUUGCACUUACACCUGCACCCAACAACAACAACAACAUCAUGCUUCAACUCCCACCUUUCAGGAACAACAACAACCUCGUCACUCUCUCUACGACCUCUUGUUCUCACACGAAAUACCUCUUUCAAUUUCCACCCUAAACUACUACUCAAACGCUCUUUCAACACAAUUCGUUGCUCUGCGUUGACUCCUGAAUUGAAGUCCACAUUGGAUAAAGUUGUUACUUCGAACAAAAUAGUAUUGUUUAUGAAGGGUACCAAGGACUUUCCACAGUGUGGAUUCUCAAACACAGUUGUGCAAAUACUGAAGUCUUUGAAUGCGUCUUUCGAAACGAUAAACAUACUGGAAAAUGAUUUGUUGCGCCAGGGACUGAAGGACUAUUCCAAUUGGCCUACCUUUCCUCAACUCUACAUUGAUGGAGAGUUUUUUGGUGGCUGUGAUAUCACUGUUGAGGCAUAUAAGAAUGGGGAAUUGCAGGAACUGGUGGAGAAGGCAAUGUGCUCUUGAAGCCUAAUUGGUCAUGAACAGAUGGAAGCAAUGGGUUGGGGAUGAGGAAUUCUCCCUAAGUUAUACCAUGGCUUGGGGAUAAUGGACCAAAUAUAUUUGUAUGAUACAUACAUUUGUGUCCACAAAUGUCUAUUCUUUAUGAGUAUAUCACAGUACUAUAUUUCAAUUAUCCUGGCAUUUGAAUGCAAAAGUAGAAUAUCUCAUUGAAUAGACAAUUUUAGUGCUGGUAGGUGCUGCUUCAAACUUUGUUCAUUUAAUCAAUUCUCUUGCUUGU